AUGUGUUAUUUAACUCGUCCUUCAUGGAAUACCCCCGGUCCCAACGCCUCGCCUCCAGCUUGGCACGAUGCUCGCUAUGACGGGUGGCCCAGCCCUCCAAUACAGCUUCCCCAUGUCGCUUCGCCGUCGUUCAACAAGCCUGCUGAACGGCAUGUCACAUUUGCAACCGACACCCCGUCAAACCGUCGUCCCCGUGACGGUAACGUCACUCAUGCCCAACCUCACUCGGUUCAUCUUCAACAUGACACUCACCCACGUGCAAAUUCUGGGGUGCAAGAUAUAAUAUGGCCAGUCAAAUACCGACACCACAACGUUUCUAAGUCGUGCAUGUGGAACAGUGGCACUUACCAGAAUCAAAGCACUUUUGAGUUGCCCACCGCAGCUCAACACAACAAAGAGAACGCAGCGAUUAGACAUGACCCUGUACGACGAACAAAGGAUUCAAUGCCACUAAUCAACAAGGACACACAAAUCGCUUACCCCCUCGCAGCACCAUGCGUGCCACUGGUAUAUGAUCUGCGAUACCCACCCAACUCUUUCCGUCUUCCACCAUCAUCUCCGUAUGAUGGACGGGGAUCUGAGUUCCUUCGAGUGCCACUCACACCAGCACGGCACGACCAAAUACGGCUGAUCAGCCAAGACUUUCCCUGGGCAUUCAACAUUGGCCCCGCGCCCGGUGCUACAGAACAGGUUGUGACGUGUCUUGAUGUCCUCACUGCGCUACACGCUGCAUUGCAGCGUCCACUCUCAGACACAGAGUGGGGAGCCGCUGCAGAGGAUAAACAUGCGAGCCUUAUCAGAGCGCGCGAUCGUCGGCUAAAUAUGAAACCUGCUUUGCGCAGGAGUUCCAGUACCGGGGCAUGCACUACUGCCAGGCCUAGAGUGCGAUUUGCAUCUGAUGUGGAUACGCAACCUGCGCGACGAGAGUCUUCGAUACUCCGUGUGGACUGGCUCGGGUCUCGUGUUAUGUUUGGGGGGCUCGUGAAGGAUGAGACGUUUGCGAGGAGGAGACUCAUUCCGGGUGCGAGAGAGCCACCCGAGACGUGGGUGGUGAGGUUCCAGAACCUAUCAUAA